UCGAAAAAUAUAAAAAAUCGUGAAAGUGACACGCUCUCUGACAGGGGUCCAUUUUACAUAGUGGAUGGAAUAGCAAUUUUGUGUUAUUGUAUUAUUAUCCAAUUUAAUCGUGGACAAAAGUUCUCCAUUCAAAGUGCAACAUACAGAACACAUUGCAGCCCAUUCGGAACAUCCUCUAUAGUGCGAAAAAGGUUCCGAUACCGACCGCCGCCGAGCGUUCAUCCCCCGCAGCAGCGAAAGCGAACACGAAGCAACGACAGCAAAAAUUGCUCUCCGACCGAGCAGGCGACGACUUCCGCGGAAGACACCCCCAGUGCAGAAUCAACCAUUUAUGGAUCUACCGAGGAAUUUGCAUGACUGCUACUUCUUCUACUACUCGACAUGUAAGAAGGGAACAAACUGCGAGUACCGCCACGAACCGGCGGCGCUCGGCCACGAGGAAACCUGCAAGCUGUGGCAGGAGGGCAAGUGCUACAAUCGCACCUGCACGAUGCGUCACAUGAAGAUCGAGAAGCCCCGUUCGGCGACGCCGUGCUUCUGGGAGGACCAACCGGGCGGUUGUCGCAAGCCGCACUGCGUGUUCCAGCACAAGGCACCGAAACCACAGCAGCAAGCUCCCACCACCGCGGCGGCGGCGUUACCCCAUCCGGCCACUACGAGCCACAGCAUGAUGUCCCAGGUGGCGGCGGCCCAGGCCCAGGCGGGAGCUCCAACGGCGGCCUCGGCCACCCCCGGCACAACGCCCCACAUGAUGCACACAACGUCCCCGGCGGUCGUUCUGGACUACAACUACGCUACCCUACUGCCCCGCAUCAUCUAAGAGGACACAUUUCUAAGGAGCUUUGUUGGAACCCCGUUUUCGAUUGAUUUGCUACCCCCAGCUCCCCGAUUUUGGCCUUUGGAGAUCCCCCCCCCCCCCCCCCCCCCCCGGAAAGAGAGAAAAACGUAAGUUAAUUUCGCAAAAUUACGCAACGAAAUGGGCGGGAACCGGAACACCACCGCUUCAACAAAUGCAACCCAUACAAACCCUGGUAGAGUGUGCAAUAGACAGAGAGGGAGGAUUCGCGUUAAAAAGAAGCAUUUGUUGUGCAAGUCUAGGGAUAGACUACUAGAUGAUGAUGAAUUAGGAAACGAAACGAAGCAACCGGUGACCGGAGCAUUCAAGAAAUCACGUUUGCAUCUAUUACGAUUAUUAUUAGUAGGCGGCGUCGAACCAGUAGGCCGGUUCUGAGUGGCACUUUUCCUUUGAAAUCCUGCAAAAUUGCCCUAUUAUUCGAUUAUUUAUUCACAAAAUUUAGAAAAAACCAAUUUUUCACUACAUAUUUUUACUCAGCCGCCUACGGCUUGGCGCCGGCCGCAUUCAGUUUAGUUGUUUAGCUAUUAAUUGUUUUCGCGAGGAAGAAGUGAUUAUAAAUCAAUAAUGGAACUAUCUUAUAUAUCACGUAAUCUUGUUAUGAAGCCCUAAUGCAUUAUUAUCCUUAUUUAUAUAAACAAAAACCUUUAAUUAAACGUAGAAUUUUGGUAGGGAAAAGCGAGGAUUUGGUUUUUCUUUCUGAGUUAACGCACGUCUUAAAUCGUAUUUUUAUUCAAACAAAAAAAAACUUAUAUAGCCCUAGUGUAGAGAAAUUGCUAUAAAUCUAGUAAAAAUAAUCGUCAUCAAAGCUCUUAAAAGGCUAACACGCGGUCUCCCGUUGGAUCCCGGCUGAUAUCAAUUCGGUGGAUUCGGAGACAUGCAUUCGUUUUACAUUUCUGAAAAGAGCCAAGUAUUUCGCGCGCAUUUUAUGUCGUUUUUUGUGCUGUUUCCUGUUUGUAGAUGAGCGACCAUAAUUCGCGUUUUGUGGAAGUUCUCGUAACAUGUACUGAAUAAUUACCGGUCGGUUCGAAACAUAUCUCGGAGUUUCUGUAGAGCGUUGUUGACUGCGACACAGUGAUCAUCAAAAUGCGAGCCUGAAGCAGACUUUGUGCGGGCCCUGAACUGAUUUUGAAAUAAACUAGAUUUAUCACAUUUUAAUGCUCGUCUCAGAAUGAACAUGAACUACUUACGUUUCAUGGAUAAUUUUUUAACAGAAGUAACUACAACACUUACUUUGUUAUACUUGGAUUUUAGAUCUCAAGUUUCACACCACAGUUUCGCAGGCAUUGCUCAAAGGCCGCACAAGCUUUCUUGAUUCCGAACUUUAUGUAAAGUGUACAGGAAAGUAUAGAAUCGAGAAUAACUCCAACGUUCUUAUCCUGUUCAGCAACGUCGAACAGACACAAAAGUUGGUUCCGCCUUUUCGUGAAAAGAACAAUAUGUAGAUGUUUUACUCGGAUUUACCGAAUGACCAUAUUGACGACAUCAGUCCUCAACUACCUGAAAAGCGUUUUGCAAUAGGUUGAAAAAGGUGCUGAUGCACAUGCCAACUAAUAAUGUCAGGUAGUUGUCUACAAAACCAUAACUAGGAAAAUCGCUAGUAUUGAGUUGUCUCAAUAGCGUAUGUGCUACGAGAUUCCCCAAAAGUGGUGGGAAGACUCCCCCUUGGAGGCAUCCACAAACACACUAGAUAUCUAAGAAAACACUCAAGCAAGAUUGCUUUUGUGUGAAUACUUUCUCCAUAAAACAACUUUGUGUAAAAGCGUCACAGCGGACUUUCCAGAUUGAUAAGCGUGUUGGGUCACAUUAAGAGGCACGUUAGCCAGAAGAGAAAAAACAUCAUGUGUGUGAUGAUCGACAAUGCAUUCUAAGCAUGCUAGAAGAAAAGAGGUCAACCUGAUCGAUCUGCUCUUCGUAAAACGCACGACCCACUUUCGGGAUAAACUUUACAUUAAUGACCCACCAGAACUUCAAUUUCUUGAGGUUUGUGCUAACGUAAGAACCUCGACAACAGGACACAACACUUAUAGUUCUUACAAAAAAAUUAAAAGGGUCACCGUCGAGCCCGAAAUCGGUCGAAUUAAAAGGUAAAUUAAAACCUUUUCAAUGUUUUUAUAAGAACUAUUAUAAUCAUGAUCGCAUAAUUGUCCCAUAUGAAUAGGAAAUCCAGCAAAUAUAAGACUGAUUUGCGAUCAUGGGCAGUGUAAGUGUUGUGUCCUGUCUCGUGCCGCGUUCUUUGCGUGUUGUGACCCACCAGGAGUUGGGAAAAAAAACCUAGUUAUUUCAGAGACUAUUGCAACUACGAUUGCAUUACAAGCACAUGUGCUGGAGGCAUGAUACGCGAGUUUGUCGUUUCAUUCUACUGAAAGUUGCAAACACCAGGAUUUCAAGAUUACCUAGACAGCCAAUCCCUCUUUGAAAUAAGGUUUCUUGGAAUAAACCCGCCUGGGCUGUUUCAUUUUUUUGAAGUCUGCUGAUAUUGAUCGUUGGUAUUCUUUUACGCUAGAGAUUGAUCUGAGCUAUCCUAACCGUAGCCACUACUCAAACUAGGCAAGAUCAGACUCUUGACAAUCACUGCACAAAAAAUAACCGCAGCGAUAAAACCAAAUCACUAUCGAUUGCAGAACGCCACAGGCGAAAUACACAUAGCACAUUGUGUAAAAUGCCUAAUUCGAAACCAUAUAGGGUUUAAUACAGGUCGACACUAGAGAAACGUUCCCUGAAAAUUCCUGUGUUGAUUUGCGAUUCACAGAAUAAUCCUCCAGUAACCCUGUAUGUACCGUCAACUAACAAUUGCUAGGAAAUGCAUACUCCGUGAUAAUUCGUAUCGAUCGGUUCAACAUGGUUCAAUUCAAAACUAGUAAAUUAUUCUACUCACUUUGGUGAUGUUCCUCAAAUGAAGCAUGAACACUUAAAAUAGAUUAAAAUAAACAGCAAUAAAAUACGAACCAUUUACAUCCUUUCAUUCACGAACAAUGAUUUUCCCAUUCAUCUCACAGCAUGAUAGUUUGCGAAACUGGUCUGCUUCUUCUAAAAACUUUCUUCAAACAAAAACUAACCUAGUGGAAAAUCUGCUUCGAUAUAGCAACAACCACUUAGCACCCAACAUGACUAAAUUAUAUUCCGACAAAAAAAAAUAAAGAAGCAUACACCCGUAACCCCCUCUCCCCUUGUUGUCUGUUCUCGAAAAUAGAAUUGAGUGAAAUUUUCCAACUAAUAAGCGUUUUACGUUAGAAAUCAAUCAUAUGAACAGAAAAAAAUGAUUAAAGCUCGAAGCUUUUACCUAUUCUUGUAUAGGAAGUUUAGAAUUCAGUAUGAACACACCCACACACUUAUACAUGCAUUAUGAAAAACCACACCAACACAGUUACACAUUAACAGACACUUACAUAUACUAACAUGUAACAAUUAUAUUGAAAAAAAAAAUAGUCGAAAAAAAAUGUAUAAUAUUUCUUGAACAGUUGCACGACACAGAUCAGAAUAAUAAAAAAGAAUAAAAAGCCCAAUAAUCGUGAAAUAUGUUAGCUAAAAUUAAUAAAUGAAAAAUAAACCAAUCCCAAAAAAAAAAUAUUAAAUAUAAAAUUGAUAUACAGACACGUCAAAACAAUUAGAGAAUUUGCUGAACAAAAUUGAGUAAUGUGUUAGACUAAAACUACCACAAGAAUAUACCGCAACUAUAACGGCAAAAAGCAGAAACAUAAUAAUGAAACUAGUUUGGAAGUGUAAGUCUAAAAUUAUCAAUAAAGCAACAACAAAACAACAGGAA